AAAAGUAAUAAAUUUAGUCAAAAGGUCACAAGUACAAAUAUGGCUAAAACUUUAGAUUCAAAUAUAUUUUAAAGUGCAACGCCGCUUCAGCAGGAGAUAAAAAUAACAAUUAGCAUGUAAAGCUGAAACAGGGUGAUAGUCAUGAGGCUGGGGACUCUUUAGGAGUAUAGCUGUUAAUAACAUCAGUGAAGCUUACAUUACUGAAAAGUGGUUUUAUCAACGACUCUCUAGAAUUUCCAGUUACUUUUUCGCAUCGAUAACACUGUACCGGUCCUAUACAUUUUACAUAUUACCCGCCCAUUCAUAUGUUAUGUAUUUUAAUCUUCAAGUGAGUUCGUUAUGACGUGAUCGAUAGUAGUCAAUAUGAAGAAGUUGUUUUUAUUUUCGCUGCUAUGUUAUUUAACAAAGGCUGAAUAUAAUGUUAAGUGUAGUGAUAAUUUACAUAGUGGCUUAACUUUCGAAGCUACGAACGAUGGUGUGGAGGGACGAUACAGGGUGGAGUGGUGUACGAUGGCUGAUAAAAAUGUUACCAACUGGGAGCUGGUUAUGCGAUAUUAUGACACUCUGUCUCCCAGUCGUUGCGAGAAAUACAGUGUUGACAUCCCACUUGGAUUAUUACAUUCUCGUUUUAAUGAGAUUGUUCACGUUAAUUUAAAUUGCACUAAUGUAUGCUUCUCCACGAACUUGGACUUAAUAUUCAAUAGCACAUGCUAUCACAUCAAGACAGUGCUCCACCGAGGGACCACAAGCUCCAGUCCUCAUGAUUCUUUACAUUAUGUUAAUAACCCAUAUCCAAAAGAACAUUUCACUAAAAGCAUGGCUCUGGUUAGAACACACAGUACAUAUGAGGAGCUCAUCAUGCACUGGUAUCUGGGCUUUGUGCCGGCCACUGAUUACACAAUGAACCUUUGCACAGCAGACUUCCAGUGGUGCGUGGACGUCGGCGGCAACUGCAGCACGCUGGGCGAGUGCCGCUGCGAGGUGCGCUGCGUGCUGCGCGUGCCCGACGGCUGCUACAGCGCGCGCCUCAAGCAGCUGGCGCCGUGGACGGAGGCGCUGCGGCUGUUCGGCUCGCAGGCGCUGACCGAGCACCCCGUGUGCCACUACAACCCGCCCCCGACGCCGGCCGACGUGUCGCGCGCCGCGCUGUGGUGGCUGUGCGCGGGCGCGGCGCUGGCGGCGCUGGCGCUGGCGCUGCUGCUGCGCGCGCACCGCGCCCGCCUCGCCGCCGCGCUGCGGGCGCGCGUGCUGCGCCACUGGCUCGACAGGACGGAGGCGGAGGCGGCGAAGCCGAUCAACGGCAGCGAGGCGGACGAGCGGCGCGUGCUGCUGCUGUACGCGCGCGACUGCCCGGCGCUGGCGCGCGUGGCGGGCGCGCUGCGGCGCCUGCUGGGCGCGGCGGGCUGCGCCGUGCUGGACCCGUACAGCGCCGCCGCCGCGCGCGCCGCCGCCCGCGCGCCCGCCGCGUGGCUGCAGCGCGCGCUGGCGGCGGACGGCGCGCGCGUCGUGCUGCUGCAGUCGGCCGGCGCCGCCGCCGCCGCGCGCGCGCCGCUCGUGCACGCGCGCGCGCCGCACGCCGCCGACGCGCUGCUGGCGCUGGCGCUGCGCCGCCUGGCCGAGACGGGGCACGUGGGCCUGCCCUACCGGAAGUACUUCGUGGCCGAGGUGGCGGGGCUGGAGGCCGACGUGUUGCCGCACCUCACGCGGCUGCGGCGCUACUCGCUGCCGGCCGCCGCCGAGCUGCUGCUGCGCGACGUGGCCGGCCCGGACGCGCCGGCCGUUCCGGUCGCGCCGGAAGUGCUGGCCGAGCUGUCGCAGGCGACGGACGAGCUGCUGCAGUUCGUCCGCGAGAACCCCGACUACAUGUCCGACAUGAUCCACAUCUGCUGACCGCCCGGUGGCAUCUCGUCGAUACGGCGACUUAUUUAUUAUUAACUUCAAUUCAUUUUAAUACUGUAAAGAGUGACCCACUGUGUCAACGAGUGUCGGAAUUGUGUCGGUACAAUCAAAUUAUUUUAAACUUCAAGAACACAAAUGUUAUAAAAUACAAAAUUUAUCAUCGAACUCUACGUUUCAGUGGAGUUGAGUAGUUUAUAGCUUUUUUUAAUUUGCAGUCAAGUGAUUUUUUACUAAAGUAUUUACGCGUCAAUUCAUAACAUCACUUAAUACUAAUAACGAAAAUGUUCAUUAAUUUACGUCAUAUUCAAAACACACUUGAAGUAUAUCUACCGGGCGGCACGGUGCACGGCACGGUGCACGGCACGGUGCACGGCACGGUGUACGGCACGGUGCUUGUAUGAAAUGUACUUAAAGAAUAAAACUUACACUGGCGUCAGAAUAUUUGAAUAUUAAUAACGUAGAUAUGCAAAAAGUAUAGAAGUUCAGAAAGUAUCAUCAUAUUAUAAUCAAUGCGAUGAAUAUGUAUUUUAAAAUUUAAAUUAUGACUAAAAAAGUGAUUGAUGAUACACACCGUACCGGUACAAGUCGGCACUAUUUCCGUGUCGCGCCGCUCAAACGCGCGCAGCGGUAAAAUUCGAUGAGUUCGCUGUGUGGGCUCCUGCGACACCCACGAGAUCAGCCGCCUGCGUCAUGCAUUCGACAAAACGUAUACGUUUGUACGGUGACGUAGUCGGGAAAAGGUAAAUAAACAAGUUUGACCUUGACAUGGCACGAGAGCUUAACUGGCGGCGGGAAAUUACUGAACGGUUCUGAACACACGAUUUCAUUUAUUAUUGUCCUACAAUUUACAAAGAAACUUAAGAACACCGAGUUAUAUUAUUCGAUUAUAUCAUAUCAGGAUAGCGAUGGCGGCGAUUCAAUAAAAAUUGAAAACAAAGGUAGUUUGGGUUUUUAUAAUAUCUGAUAUUCGUUAACUUUUAUCAUAACCAAUAUUUUGUAAAUAUUUAAUAUUAUGAAAGAAAUAAACGAAGAAGGAUAUCAAGUACAUAGAAACUCAAUUUAACGAUAUAUUAAUAAUAACAGUUGAGUCGUUCGCGUUGCCUCGGUGGCGACGAUUCGUGUGAAACGUGGCCAUAUAUACACUCAAGGCGUUCGUAGGACAUCAUAUAACAAAUUUCCGAUUACCUUUUUCCGACUUUAAAUACAAUUCUUAUUUAUAUAAGUUGUACUUUUGGACAUUUUUGUAGGCAAAUGUUACAUUAUAAUGUCUAGAAAUGGGCGUAUCGUUUGCUUAUUAUUGAUAUUUUUUUGUUUAUGCGGAACGAGAUAAAAAAUGUGCCUUAAUGGGAAUUGGCUGCGUCCUAAACUAUAUGCGUGUAGGUAUUCACUCUUGUUAUAAUAGUUUAAUGUGCGAGCUUACUGCACUGAAAUAUUUAUUAAUUUAAUUGUAAUUCCUCUAUCGGUGGCAGCCUCGCCGACAUGUUGACCCUUAGUGCUGCCUAUUGUUAGUUGAUGAUUUAGAUUUUUAAAUGUCAUAUAUGAAAUGAUAAGUGUUGAUACCAAAUCUAUGAUAGCGGAGAUUUAAUUUCCGGCGAACGCAUUUUAACGUCACGCCACACGCCGCAUCACAGAAUUCGGAAAUGACAAUUGCAAUGUUGACGUCGAGUGUCGUGAUUGGAACGGAGACGUUCGCUGUUCUAGUCUAAUGUUUGUUACAUGCGGUACAUAAGGGGAAGACGUGACGGGCGAGCCCUAUUGUUUCGCAAGUUUUAUUAAUUAUAUUAUUUUUUCUACAUUUUAAAUGAGUACUUUGAUUCUUGUGCGAGCGGUUUAAUUUUCUUUUUUUUUUAUUUUAUAAAUAAAUAAAGCAAGUUUUCUGCUAAAUUUUAUUUUAACAUCGAAUGUCGCUGUCUGACAUGCAGCUGACAUAAUAUAUAUAUAAAUGUAUAUUUAAAAAAAAUAGCACAGGAAGUAAGUACCGUAUAUAUUAACUAAAAAAGUUACAAUACAAUUGUACAUUGGACGUAUUGUUGUUAUUAAUUCGUAUAAAAUUUAUUUGAUCUGAAUAUACACAUAAAACAUUAAAUGCGAUUGAAUACUUGAAAACCGUCGCGUAGUAUAACAUUGUGACUGUUUUCAAAUCAACGGAUAGGAUAUGGUAUCAGUCAGAUCACAGUGAGCGGCCGAGACGACGCGAAGGUAUGUGUGAUAUAUGUAUAUAUAGAGUAAAUUUAAAAAACAAAACCAAAAAGCCUCAAUGCUGCAGCGAGACGAGUCGCGUCGUGUCACGGUGACCAGCUACGUAACUAGAGAGAUAAUUAUUUAGUGUUAUUGUAUCGGUCAAGGAAGGAAACGAAUGUCUUCCAUUUAUAUAACGUUAUUAGAUAUCUUUUUAUACAAAAUAUAUUUAUUAAACAUUUUAAAAUGAUGUAGGUCACUGGGGCGAGCUGUGUUAUGUAGAAAAAAUUAACUGAAAAUAUAUUAGUUUUAAUAUUUUCAUGCAUUUAACGAAUUUAUCGCGUCGUGAUAAGUACAGGGUCAACAACGAAUUUUGUUUACAUUCGAGUUAUCUUAAGAUUGCAUUGGGUCUACUCGGCGUCAAUGGAAUUGAGCUCUUAUAGUGUACGCAAUAAGACCCACUGACGUGCCUCUGUGUGUACAGCUGAACUGAUACUGGCUGUUAUCGGUCACGGUGUGUGAUAAAUGUUUUUAUAACAAAAAUAUUAAAUCUUAAGAUUGUAUUCAUAUCGUCGCGAUAAUUAACUGACAAACUAAAAUAAUCGCCUUUUAUACAAUCUUUUUUAAAUUUGUGAACUGUGACCGUAUUUUCUUGAUACGUGUAUGAAGUAUAUUGAACAAAAUAAACCCUACCGUAUUAAGUUCCAUUUAAGGCAUUAAUUGCUAAACAUAUACAUGCAAUUAUAUUUUAAGGAAAUAAUUAUUAAUUUAAGGGAAUUAUUAUUAUUAUUAUUAUUAUAAGAUGUAUGUCAAUGAAAAAUGUAUGUUAAAAGAUGUAUGUUCACGCUAGCAAGUUUCUGUAUUACAACGUUAAUCUGUAGACUGUGAACUUGUUCAAAAUCUCAUGUUACGUGAACAGUACUGUGUAGCAAUAAUCGUUGAUUGUAUUUGUAAAUAAGUUGACACGUGUUGUGAAUAACUUUAAGCCAAAGUUUAAAAUCACAGCAAUUAUAGUCUGUUCUUGUUUAACAUAAUAUAGUAUAAUAUAUUUUUAAAUUAUUGAAUAAGUAUAAAGUAGGGUAUCCAUCAAGUAGCUUUGACGCGCGACUUUUUUAAAGGACAUGUUUAAACAGGAUAAACGUAUAUAAUAUCACGGGACUAUUCUUGUAAACUCGAUUCAAUUAAAAGCUAUAAUCCUUAACAUUGUUGUAGCUCACGCCGUCCGAAAAUAUAUAUAAAUACUGGAUCAGUAUCCCGUGUGCAAUAGUAUUUUGCAGUUUUAAAUACAUUCUGUAUAUAUUGUAAUGAAAUACCUCAAAGUAAUAAAAUUGUUGAACUAAUGUCUAUCAACGACUACCUUGAUAAAUGUGCACUAAUCCUAGCUGUAUAAUAUGUUUUUGUAUUUUCUAAUGAAGUUUUCAAGUCAUUUUUGUUGUAAGUAUGCUUAUAAUAUAUUAAUUUUGUUAGUUGUUUAUUAAUAGUAAAUAAAAAUAAAUAUUUUGUCGAGAUACGGGAUUUGUCACUGUGAUAGAGAUUCUCCUAAAAAUGUCUACAUAAUCUGUUCGCUAUGGAAACUCUAGAGAUAGAUUGAACUUGUUGCUUUAAUAAAUUAAUUAAAAAAAAAUACUAACGCAACAGUUUCAAAACGUCUCAAAUGUAAGUUAGUGUUACGAUAUACGUUUGUUAUUAAAUAUAUUGCAAUAAUCUCAA